AUUAUCAGAGUUCCCUUAAUACUCUUAAUCACAAUGUUUUUUUCCGUUCGUAAUAAAGGCAAGUUUCUUGUUGCAAAAUAAAAGGCCGUGAUUUAGUGAAAGCAAAUACUGGUCCAGGGAUUAAACGCUAUUGUAUCAAUCAGUAUAUCUACAUAACAUAGCGCUGGGGCAUUUUUCAGGGUUAGAUAGGUAUUAACAAAUUUCAGAAAAGCAGUAAAUAAAUGGUUUCACAGGUUCGAUGAUUUCUUGCCGGCAUGCGCAUGUACUUAUCUAAAUGAGAAUGCACUAAAAACGCCAUUAUGCAUUUGGGCGUUAACUAAUUUACAAGAUUAAUACAAAAACCACAUUGGAGCCGCGUAUGAAGUACCAAAGUGAGCAUGCUAUCUACGCAUCAACAACUAACACCAAAUAACCGCUAUGAUGUCAUCAUUGCGAUGCUUGCCAUAAUCUUUACGCUGCUCUUCACACUGCCAAGCACCCUCGUCGAUGGGUAUACAAUCAGUUCAGAUAGGCUCUCAAAGCCCACCUUAGCGAUGGACUCCAAAGUACUAUUUCACAGCCCUUCGUUGGGAAAUAUCUACAAAGAAAUGAUUGUAUCGUCGAAACCACUAAGUCUGCGCAAGUACAGCAAUGGUUCAAAGAUGAAAAAAACCAAAAAGGAUUCUAAAAUCUAUUACAUACCAAUACCUGCAACGCCAUACCGCUAUAUUCCCGGAGUGGGCUUCGAUUACCAGCCCAUGAAAAUUGAACCAAUAUUAGAGAAGGAAGCAUUGCCGUUAAGUAGUAUGAAUCCUUUAAAUGAAGGAGCGCCAACGACUUCUUCCAAUACUAUAGAUCACCAUACCGCAUCGAAUCAGAAGACCAAAAAUUACUGGUAUAGGCCAGUAGAUAAUGACAGCACAAGUUAUAAAAUUUCGAGUAAAAAGAAAAUUGACAUAGUGGCAAAUAGACCGCUAGACUUUGCAAGCGUCGAGAGUAAAAUCUAUCUCAUGAAUCGUGGACAUUAUUAUUUCAGUGGGAGACCAUUAAGACUGCAGGUGGCGCAUGCGCAACCAAAGAAUCAACUAACGCCACAUAAUCUUAAAUCAAAACUAUAUUUUAAUAAGAAAAUUAUUUAUUAAAAAUAUUAAGGACAACCAUA